CCAUCAUCUGUCAUUAGCAUCUCAAUGCCCUCAUUCUCAUGUUUUGCCUCAAAUUUGUACUGGAAUCGCUUAGUUUGUGAGAGAAUUGCUGCAUUUGUCUUGUGAGAUGGACAAAGUAGGGUUUAAAUCGUGGCUUUAACAGUGAUCUGUGUUGUCUCUUUUGUAACUUCUUCUUUUUCUUUUUUUUUUUUCCCCUCCCCUCAAAUGGGUCAUUGGUAGCGUGCAGGAUUAGAGACACUGUCAAAUUUUGUCAAUUACAUGAUAUGGGUUCUGCUGUAGAGGAGCGAUCGGAGUCUGUUAUCGACAAUUUGGUAGGGGAUUGCAUGGGGUUGACGGAAAAUUCUCGCCUUCUUGCCGAUGAACCUGAAAAGAUGUUAGAGGGGCUCCGAGUAAUGCAGUGGAAUGUUCUAGCCGACGGGCUUGCGCAGUCCGGAGAUUUUGAUCGGGUAGAGAAGAAAUUUUUGGAGUGGAACCAUCGUGCGCCACUGUUGCUGGGCAGGAUAUUGAAAGACGACCCUCAUGUCAUAUGCUUACAAGAGUUGAACCAUUUUGAUGACUUCUUCCUCCCAGAACUAAAACGUCACGGCUAUGUCGGCGAGUAUUGGCAAAAACCCUGCUCGGCUGCUCAGAAAUUCGAGUCCCCUGCGGAUGGUUGUGCUAUAUUCUACAAAUCAUCACGACUACAGCUAUUAAAAAGUGACACGAUCCAGUAUGAGGAUCCCAAGGGAAAAAAGUUGAAUCAGGGAGGAUUGACUUGUAGAUUUCGGGAUAUAGAUGCUGACCAAGAUUUUGUACUCGUCAAUACACACCUUAAGGCCAAACGAGGACACUACAAUGAAAAGCUUCGAGUUCUAGAAACACGGCAAAUAAUUCAGCGGUUGGAAGAUGUGGCACAAGGAUCAUUGGUUGCAUCAAUCCUUUGUGGUGAUCUGAAUGCGGAUCCCUUUUCAAACACUUACAGUAUCCUGCAUGAGAACUUCGCAAGUGUGUACAGCCUGAUAUGCGUCUGUGACCCUCCUCAUCGUGUCAAUGAACUCGAAGUAAUGGAACUUUGCGAUUUUGUAGAAAAUGGCGGUGCACAGGCGGAACCCAUGUAUACUACGUGGAAGAUAAGGGGCAAAGAAGGUGAGGUGAAACGAACCAUUGACUACAUUUGGUACAAUGUUCAAAACAAUUUGGUUCCAUGUAGACGGUGGCCUCUGCCAAGUGAAACCGCUAUUGGUGCAGACGCCCUUCCAUCUGCUGUCUUUCCAUCUGAUCAUUUGCCAUUAAUGUGUGAGUUUAAGUGGAAGGAUUGUAUUGGGAAAGAAAGUGUGAAAGUACCCUUGGUAUUGUAAUUAUUAGCAAUUCAAUCUAAUGUUAGCAUGUUAGUCCUUGUUAGCUAGAUUUUGGACGAGAAAAUCCAUCAUGGCUACAUGGUAUAUAAGUAUUCUUAAACAAUUUUUGUUUUUUGGAGUUUUUGUA